AAAACGUAACAGAAGCUAACAAGAAGAGCGUAGAAAAACAACAAAGACGGACAAAAACAACGACGAAUAUUGAAAUUAUAUCUUAUAAUUUUGUGAAAAGCCAAACACAGUGCCAUCUCAUUGUGAAUUGUUGUAUUUUUGCUGUGGAAAAGUGCAAUAAAUUAUAACACAAACAACACAUAUCAUAUCAAAUAAGAAAAAACGCCAAAAAGAGAAAAAAAACGCAGUCAGUGAAAGUGUGUGUAUUAAAUAAAUAGAUACAAGCAGCUGAAGCAGAUUGCUGAAAAAUGGCAGCAUAUCAAAUGAAUUUCAACCAGGACUUUACUUCCCUGUCUGUGCUGAGCGGCGCCGGGUUGCGUCUGUAUUCAAUUGCGGGGCAGGAUAAAGUCGAGGAGAUCUUUGCCAAGGACAAUGCGGAACAAAUCAAGAUUGUGGAACGUCUUUUCAACAGUUCACUGGUGGUGCUGGUCACCGCCCAGAAGCCCAACUGCCUGAAGAUGUUGCAUUUCAAGAAGAAACAGGACAUCUGCAAUUGCUUCUACCCUUCGGAGAUUCUCUGCGUGCGCAUGAAUCGCCAGCGACUGAUUGUCUGUCUGGCGGAGAGCAUACACAUACAUGACAUACGUGACAUGAAGAUCCUGCACUCCAUCGAGAAUAUUGCGCCCAAUGAGUUGGGUCUCUGUGCGCUUUCCCUCAAUUCGCAUCUGGCGUUUCCCAUUUGCCAGUCCAGCGGCGAGCUUCGCAUCUUCAAUGCCAAUAAACUGCGAACGGGCAUGACAAUCAAGGCUCACGACACGCCCCUUUCGGCGCUUAGCUUCUCGCCCAGCGGCGCCCUGCUGGCCACCGCCUCUGAGCGUGGAACUGUGAUACGUGUGUUCUGUGUGAAAAAUGGCCAGCGAGUGCAGGAGUUCCGACGUGGCGUCAAGCGUUGUGUGCGCAUUGCAUCGCUGGUCUUUGCGGCGGGCGGUGACUUUCUGUGCGCCUCCUCGAACACGGAGACAGUGCAUGUCUUUAAGAUUGAUGCACGCGCUGUGGAGGUGGCGGAAUUGAAGGCCAUAGCUGAAGUGGCGGCCAAAUCUGACAGCCAGUCAAAGGAUGCAACGACGGCAAAGACAGCGACAAGCACAUCAACAGAGAGUUCUGAGGAAGUGCCAGAGGCUACGCCUGUGGCCAGCUGGGGAGGCAUGUUCACCAAAGCGGUUUCCUCGCUGCUGCUGCCUGCUCAAGUGAGCGAUGUGCUUGCCCAGGAUCGCGCCUUUGCCACGGUGGCGCUGCCGCAGUCGGGACUAAAGAACAUUUGUGCGCUGACCCGGGUGCAGAAGGAAUUGCGUUUGCUGAUUGCAUGCGAGGAUGGCUUUCUAUACAUGCACGACUUUAAUGUGGAGAAAGGAGGCACCUGCAAAUUGCUUGCUGUCCAUGAUUUGCGUGGCGCUCUCGAGGACGUGAUUGAGUUGCAGUUGAGCGAGAGCGUGCUUCGUACACAGUCGAAGCCGCUGCCGGCGACGACGCUGCCACAACAAUCGCUGACCAUGUUGAAGAGCUGUGCGGCCAGUGUGCUCAUCGAGAAUCCAGAGCCGAUGCCGGACAAUAGCUAUGCCGGCAUCUUGCGUGGCGAGCAGACGGAUGCAAUGUCAGAUUCCGCCAAGUUUCGCAAGCUGUGCGAUGCCAUUGACACGCCCACAAAGCUGUACGAUGAGCGUCAGUUUCCUCCCGUAGCAAUUGCGGCAAAAGAUUGACCACGACGCCACGGGCACAAGGAUCUGGUGAUUGUGGAAAAGUCGCAGUGUGGUUAACAACGCUCUCUGCAUUUUGCAAAAGCCCAAAAUGUGUUGAAAAUCCCAUACACAACAAAAUUCUUAUCAAAUUAGGAAAUUAUUUAAAGGAAUUUAUUUUAGUUUAAUUAAACUACAAACAAAAAAAAAACAAACAAAAA